AUGUCAACAGAACAUGAUAUAGCUGCUCCCAUUCCUCGUCCAAGUCUUUCUUUGAAUAGCUCAACAAAUUGUGAAUGUGUCGAAAAGUUGCUUUCUCACACAGCUAAAUUAGUUAAACGUUCUUUCACAUCUUCAAGUCAAACAGAAAAUACAAAAGAACAUUAUGAAAACAAAUGGGCAAAGCUAUUCAAGGAAUAUAUUCUUAAUCAUGAACAUUGCACAAAUGAAAAUUGUGCUUCCCACCAUGAUGACAUGCUUUGGUUUGUUCCUUUAACCAAAGUUGCCAACUCUUCCACAAUAACUAAUGAUAUUAGUCAUUUGCAAGUAUUUCGCCGUCAAAGUCGGAAUAAACCUUCCGUUGGUGAUCGUGAUGUAAAUUGGCAUGAAACUUUAUGUCUUAAUUUAAUUUUGCAGCAGUUGGAUUAUUUUGUUACAUGUGCUGUUUGCACCAAAAAUUCGCCAACUAAUAUGCAAAUUCAUCGGAAAAACUUUCAGCGUGUUUACCCAUCUCCGAGUCGCCGCAGAAUGGAUGCAAAAGGAGAAUGUGAAGAAAUAACUUAUCCAAAAAUUUACUUUGCUAUCGACAGUUUUGAUGAAGUUUUUAAUGAUAUGAUUAUUGGGGAAGGUGAAUGUAUUUGUGUUGAACUUAUUGCUAGAGAUCGGAACAGAAAUGUUGAAGCCGUUAUUUUUCUUGGUUCUAUUCGCUAUGAUAUUUUGAAGAAGCUUUAUGAUUCGAGAAAUUCUGGAACUUGGAAUUGGGCACAACGCUGGAUGAAUGUAGGAAAGCAACGCCAUGAAUUUGUAAAAAUGCGUGGACCACGAGGGAAAGGUUUUGCUGAAAUGGCUGUGACAAAAGUUGCUGGAUGUGGAUUUGAUACUCCAAUGAGUGAAAAUGGUUUUGAUUUUAGUGGAGGCAGAGGAUUGGGAGGAUAUGAUCGUCGACUCUCAGAUACAGGUGGAGGGUUUUUCUCUCGUCUAAUUGCUGGCGGUGGCACAAGAAAUUCAGUCUUUGGUGGUCGUACUCCUGGAGGGCAAGCACCUCCUUCAGCAACACCUACAAUUUAUGCAGUUGGUCAACGUGCUUCAAGUCGUUGGUUUCCAGAAGGUGAACAUAAUACUGAUGAUGAAGGGGCGGAUAUUGUAGAAGCGAAUGAUACUCGAAGUUUGGCUGGGAAUAUGGCGUCUUUGGUCAACAGAAAUAGUUGGUCUAUGCGACAGAUUGGGAAUACACUGCAAAUGUUAAAAGAAAAGAAUGAACAGCCUGAGCAGUUACAAGCUUUCCUGACUUACAUUAAUUUGCCUUGGCCUUCUAUACUCGAUGAUAUUCUUACAACAAACAAACGUAAACCUAUUUUGACUUUUGAUUUUCAAUUACAAAAACCGCCGGGCAUUGCGCGAAAUCAAUGA